UUGACCUGAUGUGCUGCGACAUAAUGGACAGUGUGAAAACACCUUGACGUGACAGUGCCAUGACGGAUAGUUUGAGCGGAAUAUGAAUUGUCCUUUACAAAAAAGAAAUCCCAGUCGCUCAGUAUACUAAAUCCGCUGGUUGUAUCUGUGGUGCAAUAAUUGGAUAAAGGUGGUUGGAUAGGUUCAAAGAGGUUAAGAGUCCUGCCCACGUUCAAUAUUUGUUGAAAAAAAUAGUUUGUCAACGCCCUCACACCAUCAACAAUAUUGACAAAUAUCAUCAGUUGACAAAGCAGUUUUACAAGGCUAAUGAUUAGAACACCCAAAAGAAAGCAUAUGCUGCAAAUACGGUAGCUAUAGCUUGCAAGCAACAGAAAAUAGCGAAAAAGAGGUAAUGAGUUUGAGAAUGGUUAAAAAAAAAAGAGGAUAUACUGGCCACAUGUUAACUUACUGAGAAUGAUAAUCAUGCCCCUGAAAGUUUUUCGAGGAGUCCUGUGCCGUACCGCACUAAUAAGUUACUAAUGUUCAAAAGGGAUACAACAGAGAUGGCCGGUACGUUAAUGAGAGAAGCAGUCGCAGUCAACGAGAGAUUAGGAGUAACUUUGAGAUUUCUGGCGACAUGUAGGUCAUUCUAAAGCUCGAAGUCGAAUUGAAAUCCAACGGUGCGCACGAACGACGUUUGGCUGAUACGUGAAGCUCUGUCAACACUUGAUCUAGCACGUUCAUUUUCUGUUGACAAUACUGUGAAUAUCUUGAAGGACAUCAGUACUGCUCGACAUUGUUUCUAAUUUUGACAAUACAUCCAUACGCCCCCAGACAGCCAAUAUAUUGACGGGUUGACAAUAUUACUGAAAGUGUGAGGGCCCCUUGAAACUAGAUUCUUAAACUCGUUGGUCUGGAUUUUCCAGUGAGCUCAAUUAAAAUUUAGUAUUGAGAUCACUGGAAUUGUCGUAGAACGAAUAACUUUGACGAACUUUAGUUUGUGUUGUAUUUAUGUUUACAAAGUUCACGUGGUGAAAACAUAACUUGUUUUACUUUCAUCUGGAAGCAGAAAAGGUGCAUAUUAUGAAAGAAUGACUGGAAUGAAAGUGGAGGGAAGGGAAGGAACUGAGGACCCCAUGAACACUGAUGAUAAUGUAGUGACGAAUUCCUAUAAGCUACUUGAUGAAGUUGCUGUUUCCUUGGAACAGAAGUGUAUUCUCCAUAUUUGUGGCCAAAGGUCUGGAAAAUCGGUGGCACUCGGUCUCUCAGACUACUCACUAGCAUUGUAUGAUGUCUGUAAUCUGCACAGUGUUUGUAGUUUCCCUGCUCAUACAAGCACAAUUACAGAUGUAAAAUUUUCAUCAAAGAAUGAGCACUUGCUUUACUCAUCAUCACUAGAUGGCACUGUAAAAGUUCAUGAUCUUCGAAGCAAGACCUGUGUUGCUGAAUUGAAAGAUGAUUCAGAAGGUCCAUCAAUGUUAAAACCAAUAUCAAGCUUUGAUUUCUCAUCUGAUGAGAACUUUGGAAGUGCAGGAACAGAGUUGUUUGAUGGAGAUGCGUUUGUGCUGUUCUGGGAUAUUCGUACAUCUAAAUUACUUGGUGGUUACUGGGAGUCACAUACAGAUGAUAUAACUCAGGUCCGAUUUCAUCCAGAAGAAAAAAACAAAUUAGCAACAGGCUCUGUUGAUGGUAUUAUAAAUGUGUUUGAUAUCAGUAAACAGUGUGAAGAUGACGCCCUUGCAUACUGUCUCAACACAGAGUCAUCUAUCGACAAACUGCACUGGUUUAGAGGCAUGGGUAGUACCUUUAAUAUAUCAUGUAUAACUCAUACAGAAGAACUGCAGCUGUGGGAAAUUGAUGGUGCUUCUCCUUUCGCACACUUUACGAGAGAAGAUAUUGCAGGUAUUUUGAAGGAUGACACUGUUGACAACACAUAUUUGAUCAACUCACACAACCAAGAAGAUGGUGGUCUCUUAAUAAUUGCAGGAUACUCUUCACUAAAAAGGUAGGAUCUAUAAUGAUGCUUUGAUAAAUAACUUAUUCCCAUUACAAUAAGGAGAUUCAUGAAUGGUACAGUAUGUAAAAAUAAUAUAUAUGUUGACAACACAUAUUUGAUCAACUCACACAACCAAGAAGAUGGUGGUCUCUUAAUAAUUGCAGGAUACUCUUCACUAAAAAGACAGGAUCUAUCAGCAUUUUCACUAAAGAAGCCUGAUAUGACUGCAGUGUAUAGUGUUUCAAGCAUGAAUGGAAACAAGCAAGAGGUUCGUGGUAGUUGGUAUAAUGCAAAGGAUCAAGUUUUAUUAACGGGCGGAGAAGGUGGUUUCCUUAGUUUGUGGACACGUGACGAUGAAUCUAAUACUGGCCAUCAAACAAAGCAUUUUAAAAUGAAACACAAGAGCAAGUCAAAGCCAUAUCAACGUGAGUAGAAUGCCUGAACGAAAAGCAGUUUAAUAUAUUUUUUAAAAAAAUACUGUUUUUAUUUGUUUAAUCCUAGCUGUCAAAUCCUGACAAAAACAGCUCUGCUUGACAGUUUCUAAUUUUAUGCAAGAUGUAAAGAUUAUGUAAUUGAAUUAUAAAUAUGUAUUUAUUGACUAAAAUACAACGUCUGUGUCAUCAGUAAA